CGCGGCAACGCAGGGGCGGAGUCGCAUGACUGGCAGUGGUAUCAGCGAUGGCGGCUGCGUCGGGGUCGGUUCUGCGGCGCUGUAUCGUGUCGCCGGCUGGGAGGCAUAGCGCCUCUCUGAUCUUCCUGCAUGGCUCAGGUGAUUCUGGACAAGGAUUAAGAAUGUGGAUCAAGCAGGUUUUAAAUCAAGAUUUAACAUUCCAACACAUAAAAAUUAUUUACCCAACAGCUCCUCCCAGAUCAUAUACUCCUAUGAAAGGAGGAAUCUCCAAUGUAUGGUUUGACAGAUUUAAAAUAACCAAUGACUGCCCAGAACACCUUGAAUCAAUUGAUGUCAUGUGUCAAGUGCUUACUGAUUUGAUUGAUGAAGAAGUAAAAAGUGGCAUCAAGAAGAACAGGAUAUUAAUAGGAGGAUUCUCUAUGGGAGGAUGCAUGGCCAUGCAUUUAGCAUAUAGAAAUCAUCAAGAUGUGGCAGGAGUAUUUGCUCUUUCUAGUUUUCUGAAUAAAGCAUCUGCUGUUUACCAGGCUCUUCAGAAGAGUAAUGGUGUACUUCCUGAAUUAUUUCAGUGUCAUGGUACUGCAGAUGAGUUAGUUCUUCAUUCUUGGGCAGAAGAGACAAACUCAAUGUUAAAAUCUCUAGGAGUGACCACGAAGUUUCAUAGUUUUCCAGAUGUUUACCAUGAGCUAAGCAAAACUGAGUUAGACAUAUUGAAGUUGUGGAUUCUUACAAAGCUGCCAGGAGAAAUGGAAAAACAAAAAUGAAUGAAUUGAGUGUUUUGUCAAUAUAAGUGUAAUAUCUUUGUGAAAAGUGAUUUUUACUGCCAAAUUAUAAUGAUAAUUAAAAUAUUAAGAAAUAACCCUUUCCUGACUUAUUUAUUAUGAAAAUGCUUAUCACUGUAGACAGUAGCUAAUCUUAUUAAUGAAAAACAAUAGACAAACAUCUGUGCAUAAUUUUUCAGACACAAUUCUGUAAAUAUCUGGAAACCUUUUAAGUAUUUAAACAUUUAAAUUUUUGAAAUAAAGUAUUCUAAACUAAUAUAAUAAAGGACAAUGAAAAAACAUGAAAGGACUUAGCAUAGUGUUAUUUUAUCUUUUCUACAACUUUAAAUUACCUUUCCAAAGAUAUUUGUGUUUAUGUAAUUUUCCACAGAAUAACAUUAAUACUCUAGGUUUAUAAACCGGUUUCACAUUAUUUCAUUUGAUCAUCACAAGAGCUUUGUGACGUAAGCUGAGAAGUUGUUACUGGUAUUUAAUAAUAGCGAUAGAGGGGUUAAAGACUUUCCCACAGCUUGCGGGUCAAGACAAGAAAUUCAGGUCUCCUAAUUCUCAGUGGAGCUCUAUUUCUGUUAACCCAAAUUGCUGAUCUGUUUUAGGUCUCAAUUUCAUCUGUGAAAUGAUACUAAUAGUACUUAUCCCAUUGGAUUUUUGUUGAGAUUUAAAUAAAUAGCCAAAAGCCAAUACAUAAUAAACACUCAAUAAAGAUUAACCAUAAGGAGAGUCAUGAUCUGGUUCCAGGAAUACAUUGUUAGAUGACUGAAAAAUGAAAUUGUAUUACUUCAAUGAAAAUACUAUAAAUAAUAACAUUUUCAUAUAUUAGUUGGUUCUCAUGCAUACAUAAUCUAAUUUUAUUUGAUCCUCAGAACUGUUUAGGUUUGAUAAAAUAUACAUUAUCCCUAUUUGUAUAAAUAGAAUCAUACAAUACCUGCCUGCUUUCAUUCAACAAAAUUAUCUUGAGAUUUUUCCGUGUUGUGUACAUCAAUAGUUCAUCUAUUUUAUUGCUCAGUAAUAUUCGAUUGUGUGGAUGUAUCACUAUUUGUUUACACAUUCACCACUGACAUAUUUAAGUUGCUUCCAGUGUGAGACUGUUACAGAUAAAGCUGCUAUGAAUAUUCAUGU